AUGACUGACGAUUCACAACAGCUUAAGAGUAAAUAUGAUAGACUUUGUGUAGAAUUCAAAAAGCUUCGUACAAAGUAUACAAUUUUAAAAGACAAUGAAAAUUCACAGAGACAACAGUUACAGGAGGUUAUAUUGAAGAAAGAUUUGUGUAUUGAAAAACUUGAACAAGAGAUACAUAACUUGAAAUCUUUAACUGGACAACAACAACUUUCAUUGUCACCACAACAACGACCAUCAUCAUCCCCAGCAACAACGACAACAACCUUAUCUGAAGGUUGUACGAUUUCUUCAUAUGAAAUGAAAUGUACUAAAGAUUUAAACAAAUUAGUAACAAUUUUAAAUAAAAGCAAUAAAAACAGUAAUGAUGAUAGUAAAGAGCUCAGUUCAGUAGAAUCAUUUCAUCCCAUACAUACUCUUCAUCCUCCUAACGAUAUCAACUCGAAGAGUGCUGAAUUUCAUGUCAAUGUGAAGAAGAAAAACUGUAAACUGUCUGGAAAUCAGCUGAUAUCAAAUGAAAUUCUAUUCAAUAAUUCUUCAGUGGGUAAUAUACAAGCAGUUUGUGUAAAUAUCGGUGUUCAAACCGAUUCAGUCUACUCAAUACUUAGUCCUAUGAUUACUGCUUCAUCGAUUUCUGCGCCUGACACCACGCAUACGGUUGAUGAAAGCGAUUCGAAGACUUCGUCUAUGAUAUUUGUAGAUCAAGUAGACAAUUGUAAAGAGUUACAGUUUGAAAAUUCCUCUUCCACUCUGAUCCCUGAUGAAUCAUUGGAUAGUAGUUAUUCAUUGAAUAAUGAAAUAGAUUGUAAUCAUUCUUCUAAGCAAAUAUCUUCAUCAUCUUUGAACAUUUACCAAAAUGUUAUCAAUACUCAGAAUAGAUCAGAUAUAAACAACUUAGCAUCCAGUAUAUCGUCUGUACAGACUGAAUUACCAAUAUCAUAUAUGAUGAGUACAUCUUCUACACCUACUCAUUUAUUAAUUGAUCAGUAUUUAAAAUCAUCUUUUCAAUUCAAUGAAAAGUUAUUAAUUGAACAAUUUACUAAUUUAUUAAAUAAUUGGAUAAAUUCAAUGAAAAUAAAUAAUGAAAAUAUUUAUAUAAUAGAUAAACAAAAAAUUGACAAUAUUCUUAUCAAUCGUAUUAUACAAUUAGAAAGUCAAUUAUGUGAUGUUUCAUUACAAUUUCAACUUGAACAUAAACGUCGAUUGAAAGAACAUCAGGAAUUGGAAACUGAUGAAGAUAGCAAACAUGUAGAAAAUAAUACUGUUGACAACUGUAAUGAAGAAUCUGUAGAGAUUGUUAAUUUACGUAGUACAAUGAUGCGACGUAUACGUUCCGCAAUCGAAGAGUCUUUAUACUUUGCAUCUCGAGCUAAUCUUCUACAAGAUGAGCUUGAAUCUCUUCUCCCUUGGAUACUACAACUGAUCGAUUUAAAUGAAAAGCAACAAAUAGAAAUUAGAACUUUAAAUGAGCACAAUAAAUAUUUACAACAACAACUUGACUUGACAAAAACAAAUACUGUAAAACAAGUCAAUGAAAUGGCUAAAUAUAUGGUAAAUUUAACUGAUGAAUUACAAUGUCUACGUCAAACUGUUUAUAUGAAUCAUGAUAUUAUGCAUAAGACUGAUGAAUAUAUAUCUCAGUCAAAUGAUAAUCAAUUGAAAAAAAAUACUCUAUUUAGCGUUUUAAAACGAUAA